CUGGGUCUGGGCAGCAGCGGCCACUCGUCGGCGAAUCCCCAUCCAUCCACCAGUUUCCAGCAGCAGAGCCGGUAUCCAACUCCAGGAUUUCAGAUUUCAGCGCCGCAGUUCACAGUUGGCCAACCGCCCAGCACCACCACCACCCCCCUUCCCCAAAAAAAAAGAUCAACAGAAAUGUCUGCGACUGCUGCUGUGUCCCUCUCCUUAUUAAUCAGAACCCCCGUCUCGUCCUACCCCUCCCUUGCUCCUCUAAUUCAAUUGCCAUUCCACAACCACCACCAUCAUCAUCUUUGACCAACUCACUACCGUCUUUUUCUGCUUAUGAUUCUUUCUCGCCCUCAUUCUCCUCAUCUACUACUACAUUGGCCACCACCGCUAGAUGCAUUGGAGUUUUCCAUUCCCCCACUUAUACAAUUCCUACUCCUACUACUAGAACAAGUCGAACAAGUCCAAGUGGUGGUAGUAGUAGUAGAUAGAAGAAGAAGAAGAUACUCCUAUUUUUACUACCGAAGGCAGAGGAAUCCCACCUUUCCCCUCAUCACCACACCUUCCAUUUCGCCUCCUCCUCCCCCCUCGUCGUCAUGAUGGAGUGGCAGGAUUGCACAGUUAAAAUGGAAAUAGACGUCCCAACUUCUGUCGCUUAUACUUGUUAUUCCGAUCGCGAGGCUAUUGCUCGAUGGAUGCCCUUCAUUUCUUCAGUCAAGAUUCUGGAGGACAAGCCUGACCUAUCUCGUUGGUCCCUCGAAUACAAAGCAUUUGGCCUCGAUAUUGAAUUUUCUUGGCUUGCCAGAAACAUGCAGCCAAUUCCAAACCAGAAAAUCCAUUGGAGAUCUCUGGAAGGUCUCCCUAACAGGGGAGCUGUCAGAUUUUAUCCUAAAGGUGCUUCAUCAUGUAAUGUAGAAUUGACUGUCUCAUAUGAAGUCCCUCAGCUGUUGAUUCCAGUGGCAUCGGCUUUGCAACCUGUUCUUGAAAGUUUGCUGGUUCGUGGUUUAGAACGAUUUGCAAAAUUUGCUAAAGAAUAUUAUUCUCGCAACCCAACUGUCUGACGUGUAAUGUAAUUUUUCAAGAUUAUUACUUUAUGAAGACAAACAAUUAUAGUUGAACUUUUAGUAAUUGAUUGAAGAAACAAUGUCAAACUGGAGAUGCUAUCGAUGUUUGUAAAGAUUAAGUAGAAAGAAAGUGGAAUCUUCUUUGCUGGAAGUCCAA